UUCUUUUCGUCCAUUGAUAAUCGACUGGUUAUGCGCGGUGAUUAUGUAUGCGAUCGGUGACGAUGAUUUCUUAGCAUAGUUAAUUUAAUUAUGACCUUGAUCGAUUAUAGCUAUCGAAUUGAGAGAAAAAUGAGUUUCAUGCACGCGUCGUAAUUCGCUUGCGGCGUCUAAUCAAUAACGUGAGAGAGAGAUCAAGAUACCAACACGAGGUGUUACGUAUAGAAUCGUCGCGACUUCCCGGUUAUUUGUGUGUGGAAUAUUCCAUGUGUGUAUGUAUAUAUGAGAGUGAAUAGACUAAUUAAUCGUACUCUCCGUGUGGAAAGAAUAUAACGCAGCACCGAUAACGUACGAUGUACACGUGGAAGUUGACCGGUCGUGCUUUCAAACGAUUCAACACCAAUUAUAAUAGUUACGGCAGUAGCAGAUUGGCCAUCGUUUUGGAGCAUUGCGGCCCAAAGACGCAAAAUCGCGGCAAAUUUGGCAUUUACCGCAAGAGGAUAAGUUUAUGGUUCCGCGAACAGGGCACGCAGGUGGCCCACGUUUGCAAAAAGCAAUUCGAGUUUGUAGCCGCACAACGAAUCAGACGAUACAUACAGAUUUUUCAGCUGUACACGAAAAUAUGGGACGAAGUGGCGUUGAGGGAAUUCAUGCGAUCAUGGAGAUUGAGACUCGCCAGAAACACUAAGAAUUUCUUGAUAAGCGCGACUGGCGUAACCGUGUACAAUUGGGAUCGCGAAAGGAUAAGCAAUGAAGAAAUUAAUAGACAUAAUCGUGAGAUUGAAGGAAUUCAUAAAUUACGAGAUUCCACUGUAGUCUGUGCCAAAUGUCAUUUGCGACUUGUCAUUGAUGUUGUACAGCCCAAUGUGAAAUAUUGUAAAUGUAACAUUCAAUCUUCCUGUAUCUCUAAUCAAGAUUGUAGUUGGCAGCCUUUCAUCGAACGUCAAGAUAUGUUAAUAUGGAGAAAGGAAGAGCCUGAUUCUGGAGGAUUAUUUGCGUACAAAGUAUAUGGUUCAUUCUCUGAUGUUACGGCUGAUGAUUUUCUACAAGUACAAAUUGAUGUAGAUUAUAGAAAACAAUGGGAUCCCACUGCUCAGGAAUUAAAGAUUAUUGAAACUGAUCCAAGAUCAGAAUUGUCCAUUAAUCAUAGUACUGAUAUUAUUCAUUGGGAGAUGAUCUGGCCUAAAUUAUUUUCUAACAGAGAUUAUGUAUAUCAACGACGAUGGAUUGUGGAUAGAGAGAAGGGACUUGUAAUUAUUGUUAGCCGAGUAACAGAACAUCCUGAUGUACCAGAAAGACGAGGAAUUUACAGAGUCAAGACGUAUUGGUCGUACAUGGUGAUAAAGCCUUAUACAGAAUUCCAUGAACCAGGCAUCGAAUUUGGCCUCACUUAUUUUGAUGAUCCUGGUGUUGCUGUACCGUCUACUGUUACUGCAUGGGUAGCAUUGAGAGGUUUACCAGACUUUUUAGUUCGCAUGAGGCAGGCUUCAAAAGAUUACCAAAAAUACAAAUUGAUGAAACAAAAUGCAACUGAGUCUGAAAACAGCCAUCUUACAUUACCUGUGGAGGACGUUUCCAAAGAGCAAAUUAAAGUUAAUGUAGAAAAUAAUUUAGACGACAGUAAAAAGUCUAUGAGGAAUUCCCAAGAUCGACAAGAUGAUUCUGAUAACAAUACUAACAAAUUGGAUGUAACGCACGAUGUACAACAGAAUAAUAUGAUGGAAACUGAAAAUAAGGAUACAAAUUCGACAUCCAAAGAAAAACAAGGUUUAUUACAUUAUUUUUACCUUGGAAAAUUAUUUGCAUUUUUGGAUAUUUGACAAUUGGAUUUAAUGAAGUAACUUUUGAAUGGUAGAUGUUUUAAUACAAGUUUUAAUACAAAGAGAAUAAUAAUCUACUAUUGCUAUAAGAAAUAGAGCAAGUUCGUAGAAUAAGUAAUAUUUCAUUAAUAUAUAUCAAAUAAAUAGCAUAUGCUUUUGUGUAGUAUUAUGAAUGUAUGACAACCCAUUAAUUUUCCAUUUAAUUAAUGAUUUUCACCUUUUAUAAAAACAAC